UUGGAAUUUGGGGUUUUUAUUUUGCUUGACGAUGUUUAUGGUCUUUCAAAUUUUCUUCCUUUUUUUGGAUUCUUGCCUUUUGUUGGGCGAUGUAUUUGGGAAUGGAUAUGAUACUGUAGACCUAAUUGAUCAGUGCGAUUUGUAUUUUAUAGUUUUUUUUUAGGUCGAAUUCUUGGAAUUGAGAUACUGAAUCUGAGAAUUGGAUCUUCCUUAACUGUAAAUUAUGUGCCUUUUCUUCAUUUUAGCAUCUUUAAGAACUUAAGACGAAGUUAUUCAAACCUAGAUUGGUUAGAGAUUUGAGGAUUUUCCUAAAGGUUGGAGAAUUGUUGCAAAAAAGGCUUUACUUCGACUGCUUCUGCUUCACUGUAAACUGUUCAUCCGAGUGGUGAGAGUUUGGUUAGUAUAUAGUAAUAAAGAGAGGAUAGAGCAAACAUGGGAGAACAGCUGGAUCCAUUCUCCGUUUCUAAUCUUCCCGAUUUCAUAUCCUCGCAAAAAAUUGGUAGACCGGUUAAUCUCGAAGGACAAAGUAACCGUGGACAUCCGUUUUCUGGCCUUAAAAAGAGAGGCCAAUCUAGUCGUUCUUGGGUGAAGAUUGAUCAAGAUGGGAACUCGGCGGUUUUGGAGCUUGACAAGGCGACUAUAAUGAAGCGUUGUUCCUUACCAUCUAGGGAUUUGAGACUACUUGACCCUUUGUUUAUCUACCCUUCGAGUAUUUUGGGGCGUGAGAGAGCGAUAGUGGUCAGCCUUGAGAAGAUCAGGUGUAUAAUCACAGCUGAAGAGGUUAUUCUCAUGAAUGCUAGGGAUGCAUCUGUUGUUCAGUACCAGUCUGAAUUGUGUAAACGCCUCCAAUCGAACCAACACUUAAAUCUUAUAGAUGAUUUACCUUUUGAAUUUAAAGCGUUGGAGUUGGUUUUAGAAUUGUCUUGCUUGUCUUUAGAUGCACAGGUGAAUGAGCUUGAGAUGGAGGUGUAUCCUGUUCUUGAUGAACUAGCCACUAACAUCAGCACCCUUAAUCUAGAACACGUGCGCAGGCUAAAAGGCCGUCUUCUUACCUUAACACAGAAAGUUCAGAAGGUUUGUGAUGAAAUAGAACAUUUAAUGGAUGAUGAUGAUGACAUGGCUGAGAUGUACUUGACUGAGAAAAAAGAAAGAGCUGAAGCUCAUGCGUCAGAGGAUCUAGGAGAUAACAUUGGUGAGGACUAUGACUCUUCUGGAAUAGUUUCGAAGUCUGCGCCCGUUUCACCUGUGGGCUCAACAAGUGGAACCUUUGGGAAGCUUCAAAGAGCUUUUAGCAGUAUUGUUGGCUCACAUAGAAGCUUGUUAAGCUCCUCUAGCAGCGGAGACAACAUCGAUCAACUAGAGAUGUUACUAGAAGCUUACUUCGUCGUUGUUGAUAACACUCUGAGCAAAUUAUCAUCGCUGAAAGAGUAUAUAGAUGAUACAGAGGAUCUGAUCAACAUUAAGCUGGGAAACGUACAGAAUCAGUUGAUUCAGUUUCAACUGCUUCUCACUGCGGCAACAUUUGUAGCUGCCAUUUUUGCCGCUGUAACGGCUAUCUUUGGGAUGAAUUUGCAAGACUCUGUAUUCCAGAAUCCGACGACAUUCCAGUAUGUUUUGCUGAUAACAGGUGUAGGAUGCGGAUUAUUGUAUUUUGGUUUUGUGUUAUACUUCAAGCACAAAAAAGUAUUCCCUCUCUGAAAAACUUGUGUUAGAGAAGAAGAAUAAGACCCAUGGAGCUUCUUCUAUUGUAGAUAUAUGAACAACUAAUGACUUUUGCAGUUUCAAAAACAACUGAGCUUAGGCUUAACCUAUAGUGUAACUACUUGAUGUGUUUUAAGAUUAAUGAUAAUAAGUAAGAUUUGGGUUAUUGAA